GUGCCCCAUCAUUGGUGUCAGUGGGAGGAAUAUUGCCCCAUCAUUAGUGUCAGUGGGAGGAAUCGUGCCCCAUCAUUGGUGUCAGUGGUGGGAGGAAUAGUGCCCCAUCAUUGGUGUCAGUGGGAGGAAUAGCGUCCCAUCAUUGGUGUAUGGGGGGCAGCGGGACAGGCGGAGUGCAAAGGGAUAGGUGAGGGGCAGUGGGAAAGAAGGAGCACAGAGGGAUAGGUGAGGGGCAUUGGGAUAGGAGGAGCAUAGAGGGACAGAUGGGGGCAGUGGGAAAGAAGGAGCACAGAGGGAUAGGUGAGGGGCAGCGGCACAGGAGAAGCGCAGUGGGACAGGUGAGGGGCAGUGGGACAGGUGAGGGGCAGCUGGACAGGAGGAGUGCAGAAGGACAGUUGGGGAGCAGUGGGGACAGAUGGGGGGUAGUGGGACAAUGUGGGGGACAGGAGGGAGGA